AUGGCUCAACAUUACCACGUAUCAUCUCUCUUACUGCUUGCAUUUCUCAAUAUAUUCUUCAUUCAUGGCAACAUAAGUGGUGCAACUGCACGCCAUCUCCUCGAGACACCCGUUCCUGAGAUACCUAAACCACAACUCCCAAAAGUUCCAGCAAUCCCAACUGUGCCGAAGCCUGAGCUUCCAGCCAUACCAAAGCCUGAGCUACCAACUCUUUCGAAGCCCCAGUUACCAACUUUGCCAAAGCCUAAGAUGCCUGAGAUCCCUACCAUGCCAAAAUCUGAGCUUCCUAGUAUGCCAAAACUAGAGAUUCCUCCCUUGAAAAAGUCAGAAAUCCCCGCAGUGCCCAAGACUGAGGUUCCUCCUGUUAUGAAAAAGCCUGAAGUUCCAACUCUACCAAAGCCCGAGCUACCAAGUCUGCCAAAGCCAGAAAUCCCAGAACUACCAAAGCCAAAAGUCCCAGAGCUUCCAAAGCUAAAAAUCCCAACAAUGCCAAAGCCUGAAGUACCUACUAUGCCAAAGCAUGAAAUCCCAAAACCAAAAGUCCAAGAGCUUCCAAAGCCUGAAAUACCAACUACGCCAAAGCCCGAAAUACCAGAACUACCAAAGACAAAAGUUCCAGAACUUCCGAAACCAGAAGUACCAACAAUGCCAAAGCCAGAAAUUCCAGAAUUACCAAAACCAAAAGCCCCAGAGCUUCCAAAGCUAAAAGUCCCAACAAUGCCAAAGCCUGAAAUCCCAGAACUACCAAAGCCUAAAGUUCCAGAGCUUCCAAAGCCUGACGUACCAACUAUGCCAAAGCAUGAAAUUCCGGAACUACCAAAGCCAAGAGUCCCAGAGCUUCCAAAGCCUGAAGUACCAACUACGCCAAAGCCUGAAAUCCCUGAACCAUCAAAGCCAAAAUCCCUAGAGCUUCCAAAGCUAAAAAUUCCAACAAUGCCAAAACCUGAAAUCCCAGAACUGCCAAAGCCUAAAGUUCCAGAGCUUCCAAAGCCUGAAAUCCCAAAACUUCCUAAGCCAGAAGUACCAACAAUGCCCAAGCUUGAAAUUCCAGAACUACCAAAGCCAAAAAUCCCAGAGCUUCCAAAGCUAAAAGUCCCAACUAUGCCAAAGCCUGAAAUUCCAGAACUUCCUAAACCAACUCUUCCUUCACUUUCUCCACCAUACAAACCCGCUACUCCUUGA